CAAAAUCUAUUUAUUCCAGGAUCCGAUGAGUCGCCCUCCCUCCUCCCCUCUCGUUUUCGUUCAGCUUUUUGCGCGAACAUCUAAAGUUUAGUCAGGCAUUUUUUAGACAGCCCUAAUGUAGUUCCCCCCCCCGCGCAGGAAGGAGCGGAGAGCUCAGGAAGCACCGCCUUCUUUCUUUUCGGCCUCGGACGCCAUUUUACAGUAAUCAGUCAAGAUGACCAACACAAAGGGGAAGAGGAGGGGGACACGUUACAUGUUCUCAAGGCCCUUUCGCAAACAUGGUGUUGUCCCCCUUGCCACUUACAUGCGCAUCUAUAAGAAGGGUGAUAUUGUUGACAUUAAGGGCAUGGGCACAGUUCAGAAAGGCAUGCCCCACAAAUGUUACCAUGGCAAGACAGGAAGAGUAUAUAACAUUACUCAGCAUGCUGUGGGCAUUAUUGUGAACAAGAAGGUUAAGGGCAAGAUUCUUGCCAAGAGAAUUAAUGUGCGAAUUGAGCAUAUCAAGCACUCUAAGAGCAGAGACAGCUUCUUGCAGCGUGUUAAGGAAAACGAAAGAAAGAAAAAGGAAGGAAAGGAAAAGGGCACUUGGUUUGAAUUAAAACGCCAGCCUGCUCCUCCAAGAGAAGCCCACUUUGUGAGGAACAAUGGCAAAGAGCCAGAGCUGCUGGAACCAAUUCCAUACGAGUUCAUGGCAUAGUGUAUAUGAACAAAAUAAAAUCUCAUGUAGUGGACUGAA